UCUCGAGUGUGCUUUGCAGGGCAACACCUGAUAACUGCCCAGAAAAAAUAAAGAUACGGGUUCGCAGCGAGACAGGACCUUUUCGGGAUAAGUUUGCGAGUCCACUGGAGUCAGCAGCGCAGUAAGCAUGUCCCUGCAAGGCCGUCUAGCCGUGGUGACAGGAGGCGCCAGCGGCAUUGGCAAGGCCACGUGCCACGCCCUCGCCUCCCAAGGAGCCAGAGUCUUCGUCGCCGAUUGCAACCUGGAUGGCGCCAAGGACGUGGCAGAGGCGUUAGCAGGCCCUGCAACCCACAAAGAAGCUUCCUGGACGUCACCAAAACAGAAUCGGUGGACAAACUGUUCGCCGAUAUCAAGGACACCGAGUCGAUUCCUCAGCAUCGUGGUGAAUUGCGCUGGCAUCGCCGGGAUGUCUCCGCUCGUCGACACGACAGAUGAGGAAUUCGACGAGAUCAUUCGGGUCAAUCUCAAGGGCACUUUCCUGGUUACAAGGGCAGCUGCACGUGCCAUGAUUGCGUCAGACGUCACCGAGGGGGUCAUCGUGAACAUCGCCAGCAUUCUGGGCAAGACCGGGCUCUCUGGCUGCGUCCCGUACACCGCCUCCAAGGGGGGUGUCGUGUCCCUGACCAAGUCGGCGGCUCAGGAACUGGCACCGCAUGGCAUACGCUGCAACGCUGUGCUGCCAUCGCUGACGCAGACUCCGCUGAUCGAUACGUUACCUGAGGAGAGUCACAAGACGUUUUUUGCACUCGCGCCUAUGCGGCGAGUUGGACAGCCUGAAGAAAUUGCCCAGGCUGUACUUUUUCUCUGCAGCCCACAGAGCUCGUACAUGACAGGUGCCUCCCUUGAAGUAACCGGUGGAUUCGGAAUGUGAAGGCCUUGGCGAGUGCUACUGCCCUUUCGGAGAGUACUAAAGGCUACAACUUUGGCUGACACAAAA